AUGUCUGCACCGUUGCAGGCUAAAUCGCCAAGAGUACGGAUCGCUGCUUUUCGAAGCCUUGUUGAUGUUGUGGUCUUGGAUAGAUCUCGUCAUGUUAAAUGCGACGAGUUAAACCCUAUAUGUCAAAAAUGCCUAGUGGGUGGGUUCGAGUGUAUUUAUCAAUCGCUUGUCUGUUCAAGAAAAAGAACACUUCAUAGAGUGAUAGCACCGAAAGGAAGAGUCAUAGCUAAGCCGAGCAUAGCUUUAUUAGCAAAACAUUAUUCAUCUACAAUAUGUCUAACGUUGAAAUCACCACAAGCGUCAUCGUUCGACCAUGAGGCUCAAUAUCAAUAUUUUAGAUUCUUCUUGAAUAAGAAUGCAUCGCUUCUUUCAGGAUAA